UGCUAGUUACUACCAAACGGCCAUUAGAGGAACCCAGCGCCGGGCGAACCAACCAUCCUAGACAUCAACGGCCAUCUUCAUUUGUCGAGUUCGAUGAAACCUAGCUUUCUGAAACCCACCAUAAUUAUAUCAACACUUCUGUCUGAAUCCACUCCGGAAUCUGUUGUUUUGUUAUUUCCGAGGAGAAGUCUGCUGCUACGCGGCUGCACUUGAUUUCACCCGCCAACUCCGCACUCAUGACCACUUUGGUUGUUUCAUGCCAUAAAUAAACUCGAACACUCAAGAAAUCCGUUGGGCAGGCGGAUUCACAUCUUUUAUGACCAACGCAGUCUUCGGUUCUUGGAGCCGAAGCAAUUUGUUUAGCUUUACAUCCGUCCCAAGGUACCAAGUGAAGCAGAUCUUCUUAUGGAAAAGAGAAAGGAACCAGAGAAUGGAGGUUCUGAAGGGAGUAGGAAAAAGAAGAAGAAGAGGCAAGUUAGCACGCCCCGCCCUGCCUGCUCUUGGGUGCAUUUUAGCCGCGAAUUUAUUAAGGAGUAUAGUGCUUCACAUCCUGGAUCGUCGGGUCUGAAAACAGCCACAAAAGCUGCCUCAGAUGCCUGGAAGCUGAUGAGCCCUGAAGAAAAAGAAAAAUACACUACUCGUGCCCGUGAAGUGUGGGAUAAGUAUUUGAGUGCAAGUCCUGCCCGGGCUCCUAAACCAAGACGGCAGACCAAACUGGUUACAAGGUGCUCCCCUGGUCGUUUAUUGAAUGUAAUACAGCGGCUAACGCCAGAACAGAAGGCUUCUGUGAAAAGCAUGGGAUUUGGUAGCAUCCUUGGUUUAAGAUGCCGAACUCUUAGGCGUAGUUUGUGCCUUUGGCUAUUGGAGAGAUUUAACACCAUGAGACGUAGCUUGGAGAUUUGCGGUGAGCGCAUACCUCUAACUCCACAAGAUGUGGAACUUGUCAUGGGAUUAGCAGCUAGUGGAAAGGAUGUGGUGAAUUCAGGUCCUGAUGAUGUAAUUUUGGAAUUGCGUCAAAAGUACAAUGCCACCAAUCGUGGGAUUUCUGUGCGCCUUUUAGAAGAGCGAUUGGCAGCUCCAGAAGCGGGAGAGGAUUUCAAAAGAUCAUUUGUUCUUUAUGUAUUAGGCACUCUUUUGUGUCCUACUGCAAGAUUGGAUGUUAGCCCAACAUUCCUCCACUUUUUGACAAAUGUGGAAGUUAUCCAUCAGUAUAAUUGGGGAAAGUUCUUGCUUGACCGGCUAGUUCGCGAGGUAGCUCGCUAUCGUCAAGGGAAGCAACGUGCCGUUGGUGGUUGUUUGUUGUUUCUCCAGCUUUUCUACUAUGAAUGUGUCGCUGUUAGAGGAUUGCAUGAACUGGCCCCUGUUUCUUUUCCUUGCUUAUACUCUUGGGGUGAGGAAGAAAUUAGUGAAAGAGAAAAGCAAGAAAAAGAGCUUGGUGGUUAUGGUGCAGGGGAGGUGGUCUGUAAGGAGAGAGGCCUUGGGAUGGGACUACUUGGGUACAAGCGCCAAGCUGAGAUCAUGCCGACCAGGAUUAUGGCACCUGAGUUUGAUCAUUUUCCUGCACAGGAGCAGGACGGACACUUGGAAAAUGUGCCAAUUAAUGACAGAGAAGGUACUGCAGUCAGUGGAGAGACUGCUGUCGCUGAUUCAGUCGGAAGAGCAUGUCGAAAUGUGGAGUACGGAUGCACAGAACUUGUGGAUUAUGAAACGCGGAAUGACCAUGAAGAGGCCUGCAUAUACACUCCAUGUGCCUGCCCCCUUAAGAACUGUGACUUUGUUGGGUCCUCUGGGCAGUUGUCACUGCAUUUCAGCAGCAAACACUGGGACUCGGGAAGACGCUUUCAGUAUGACUGCCCUCUUUGUGUUUCACUGGGCAAGAAUGAGACACACCUUGUUUUGCAAGCAGAAAAAGAUGGUGUUCUCUUUCUCCUGAAUAAGGGGACAGAAAGCAUUGGGCAUAACCUCGUGAUAACUUGCAUUUGCCCAAGCUCAUCUAAGGAACGAUAUUUUUAUGAUCUUGCAUCAGAAAGAGGAAGCAGCUCUCUGAGAUUGAAGUCAUACACACAAAAUUACCCAGGCAGGGUGGAAGGUUCACCUCCUGUGGACUUUCUUCUAGUUCCCUUUGCUUAUCUCAGCUCAUCUGGGCAGCUAGAUGUAGAAGUUUGCAUAUGGAGUUCAAACGGUCCAAGUGCUGAUUGACCAAUGUAGACGUUAUAAAUCAAGCCAGCUGUCAGUGCUCGUCGGACCACUCGGUCUAGGAAUGUUAGUAGUGGGAAAUUGUACUCCCAGAAUUUGUAAAAACCGUGUAACACUUACCGGCGGACAUAUAGUUUAGUACUCGGCGAGAACUCAAAAGCGAGUCAUCUAACUUGGUAGCGCUGGUGGGGUCUUGGCUUGGUUUUUGUUGGUUGACGAUUAGAGACAGUAAAGGCGGCAGUUUGAUUGCGAUUUGUAGGCACAGCUUCACAGAAUUGAGCAGCCAUAGUUAGUGUAUGGUACAUGCUUUUGUUCAGCUUGAAAGAAAAAAUCAAAGCAAAGAGUAAAGAAGCCAUUUGACAUUGAAAUCUCCUAGAUUUUUCUUACUA